CACAGGGAGCAGCCCGCACAUAUCAAAUAUACGGACAUGGGUCCCCUGCUUAUGCAGUUCGUGGCCUACAUGCUGUCACUGAGUGCGGCCAGCUACCAACACUCGUACAAGGCAACAGCAGCAGGAGUCGUAGCCCAUGUUGGAGCACACUUCCGCUCUACUUGCGUAUUCCUGUAUUAUAAUCAGGAGACAAGAAGUAUGGGCAACCUGGAGCUGCUACUCCAGACUCAGAAGGCACUAACACGGCGACAUCUUUCGUCGGCCAUCAUUCCACUCGAUCAGCUGUUCGUACGCCGCCAUCUUAGGUGCCGUAGCAGCCGCCCUCUAUACGUUCUGAUCUCCAGCGACAGUGCAACUGGCAGCGCCCUUCUCAAGGCGUCUUCAAGCGUGCACCUCUCAAAGGCAGUUUGGAUUCUGCUGAGUAGUUUCGAAGAGACCGAUACGAAACCUAUGGACGAUUAUUUUCGUGGCAUAUACAUUCCUCUGGAUUGCGAGUUUCUAGUCGCACACCGUCAAAACAAUGACGUCAUCAUCAGCGAAGUUUACAACUUAAAUCGAGAUCUUCCUCUGAGCAGAAAUUACUUCGGAACGUGGCGCCAGGAUGUAGGACUUGCCCUGACCAACAUCAGCUUCUUCGAACGUAGAAAUGAUCUGCAAGGAAUUGUCAUGAAAGUUGCUUCAAUGACAGACCCGCCAAUGUCUGUUGUGAGGAAGACAGAUAACACAUUGAUUCUCGGGGGGUUCUUCGGUGAGGUAUGGCAUUCCUUGGAACAAAGGAUGAAUUUUACGUCGGAUUGCUACAUCCCCGAGGACAGAGCGUGGGGUUCGCUUACACAGGAUGGCUCGUGGAAUGGAAUGAUGGGCAUGAUACUGAGAGGAGAAGCUGAAAUCUCUGUGGCCGAGUUCGCCAUGACUGUUCUGAGGACAAGGGUUGUGGAUUUCACUGUCCCACUCUUCGACACCAGGAACUGUGUGCUGAUCAGGCAGAACGGAGAUAAGGAUGUCAUCUGGCACGGCUUCCUGGAACCGUUUAGUCCUCAGCUCUGGAUGCUGGUGAUACUGACUAAACUGGUGAUUGUCCUCUGCCUGAAGACGUUUAACCACAUAAAGCUGCGGUUCUUCGGAAGAAUGUCAUCAGAGUCACCAGACUCACACUGCGCUGUCUACGUCAUGGGCGUGUUCUACAUGCAAGGCGUGAACAGGCAGACGCGAUUCUACUCACAGAGGGUGCUGUAUCUCGUGGCGCAGCUAACGGCGCUGACCGUGUACACAGCAUACGCGGCCUUCCUGAUCUCCUUCCUCACCGUGCAGAAGUUCUCACUUCCUUUCAACUCUCUACGGGAACUCAUCGACAUUGGUUCUUACCGGCUGGGAGUUCUGGCGAAUUCCGCUCACAUUGACGACUUCAAAAAUGCAACUGAUGCCCUGAUGAAGGAAGUGUACGCCAAGCUUAUAGCCCCUGAAGAGGAUCACCUACCGAUAUCUAUCGAGGAAGGUAUGCAACGAGUCUGUGACAUCGACAACUACGCAUUCAUGACGACACUUGAAGUAGCCCUGGGGCUGCAGAACAAAAUCACCUGCAAACUGUCCAGUGUCCUGGGCGCAUCCAUACCCGAAAGCUUGACCAUGACCAUUGCCAAGCGGAGCCCCUAUCGGGGUCUCAUUAAUUACAACUUACAGGCCAUGUUCCGCAGUGGCACCAUCAAGAGGUUGAAGCAACGGUCGUGGCCCAGCAAGCUGCUCCCUGAGAGACCACUUUGGCACUCAGUGGACUUCUCCAGCAUACUUCCCAUCUUCGCAAUUCUGGGUGCCGGGUUCGUGGCAUCUCUGCUGCUCCAAACAGCCGAGAUUCUUGUCGCAGGGCGACGCAAUCGUGUAUCAACCGUUUAAAAAUAUUACCACCCGAGGAAAUGUUUGCCUCCCACGGAUAUUAAAACUGCAGUAAAAUUUCCCAGUGCGUCGCUGUUUUUCUAACAGCUAUUUUAUUGUAUAGUACUUCAAAUAGACUAUUCGGUAG